AUGGACUCUAAUGAUGUCAAUACAAUGGUUGAAGCCAUUACGCAUCCACUACAAGAGUCACACUCACUACAAGAGUCACACUCAUUACAAGAAUCACAUUCUCUUCAAGAAUCACAUUCACCUCAAGUGUCAUGUUCACUUCAAGAAUCACAUUCACCUCAAGUGUCAUGUUCACUUCAAGAAUCAUGUUCACUUCAAGAAUCAUGCUCACUUCAAGAAUCAUGUUCACUUCAAGAAUCAUGUUCACUUCAAGAAUCAUGUUCACUUCAAGAGUCUCUCCAGCUUCAAGAGCUUCAAGAGCCUCAAGAGUCCCGAGAGACACCUCCACUUCAAGAAUCCCGAGAGACACCUCCACCUCAAGAGUCUCAGGAGACUCCUAUACCUCAAGAGUCUCAGGAGACUCCUAUACCUCAGGAGUCCUCUCCAUUUCAAGAAUUAUCUCUUACCUUCACUCAUUCAUUACAGGAACUAUCACCAAUAUUAAUACAUCCAUUACAAGAAUCUCAGUCUAUAUUAACUCAUCCACUUCAAGAAACAUUAACAAACGUUGAACAUCCUUCUACAACUCCAUCAUUAACUGCACAAAUGACUAUACUUUCUAAUGAUAUACAUAUUUUUCAACGUGAAUUUUUACCUUCGUAUUAUUCAGCGAUAAAAGAUAUGCCUCCAGUAUAUAAUCCAAAUGUUAACGAAGAAAAUAAUACAAUUAUAACGAUAGCUCCUAAUAAUCAAAAUGAAACUUUUCAACUUCAACCUCAUCAUAGAAUUGACCCUUUUCAAAUAUUUGAACCCAUUCAACCUCAAGAGAACACAUUAGACCGAAAAUUAAAGAAAAGGUCUCCGGAUUCCAAUGGAAUUUCAGAGAGUAUAAAUUUACCCGACAAUUUGAGUUCUACAGAUAGUGUUGAGUCUACAGAUGAACAAUCUACAGAAAGCUAUACAUCUGCAUCUGUAGGCUUUAUCGUAGAAGAUACUGGUAAUGAUAAUGGAGCUUCCACAGGCAUACAAACCACAAAUGGUAGUGAUACUGAAAUAUCCCCGGACACUAACGUACCUAUGGACGUUUUAGAAAAUGAUGUUGGAAUAAUUACUUCAUCAUCAAUAUCUUUACCAACUCUCAUAAACACUCCUUCCAUUACUCAAAUACAAGUUGAUUCAACAAAUUCAACAUUAUUGACAUCGCAAAUUCCAUCAACAUAUACCAAUUCUAUCUCUGUUAUAACUUCAUCAACAUUACCGUUAAUUACUUCAAAUGUUUCAACAUAUACUUCAUCUAUCAUAUCAUCUCAAACUGGAAUAACAACCUCAUCUCCUACAUCAACCAUCAACCUACCGAUGCCCAUCUUCGUCACAAAUCCGGUUGGUAUUCCAACUGAAUCUAAUAAAUAUAUAAGUCCACUUGAUGUCAGAUCUCCCUAUUACAUACCUACUAUAGUGGUUUUUCCGACUUCUCCAACUCGAAGGCAAUAUCAAACUGGUGUAAAAUAA